AUGGGCAAUAAGCAAUUGGACAGGCAUUCGGUGAUAGAGAUACAUCAAAAAACAAACCUUCCGAUAAAAGAAAUUAAAGAAUGGUAUGCCUUGUUUUAUAGACAAUUUCAAGAUGUUAGAAUUUCAAAAGACCGAUUUUCUUCUGCCAUGAAGAUACAAAAUCUUCCUUCGAGUUAUGAAGUCAUUAGCUCUGGGUCACCCUAUACAACAACUCAAAAUGGAGGUGGAGAUAAACAACUCAUGAACACCACAACUCAGCCGUACGAGACAGCAACCAAUUCCGACUCGGAAAAACCAAUGCUACCCAAUAGAAAUGGAGAUGACACAUUUUCAACAACUUCAACGGCACCACCAGAGACCCAGAGCAGCCCAAAUUUAAAUCAACGCCAAGAAACACCGGCUGGUACUUCAUCACCACAACCAGGUUUACAAAAUAACAGCAGUACCAUCUCCAAAAAUUCCAAUCCUCAAUCCACUGUAAUUUCAUUUCCUGAUCUCGUGUUUGAAACGUCACACGUGAUGGCUUCUAAAUACUUCUUCGCUCACGAAUAUCUUCCUCCCAAGCGGACACAUGCUCAUUUCCAUAACCUUUUACCGAUCUAUGAUGUUUAUGCAAAAGGAAACAAGGUUACAACUGCAGAUUUUGCCUUUACCACUAUCACAUGCCCUCAACUUGUGGAAGAUACUGAUAAUCCGUCACGAAAAAAACAAUAUUCUUCGUCAAGCCUUUCGUUUCGUGACAUGGCCAUAUUUUUCGAAGUCAUUUAUAAUUAUUUGCAAUUAAGGCCUUUUGAGCUUGAGAAACUUCCAAAGCAUUUGCAAGAUCCUGACUCGUGUGCCAGAUUUGUCUUUCAAAACAUAUUGAACCAUUUUGGAACUGACUCAACAAAAGAAAACAUUGAGUCGAAAUCCAUUUCCAAAUCACAAUUCAUUGACUAUUGUACCAUGAAGGUUUCACAAGAGGGAGGAGCUUACGGACCAACAACCCAUGUCCAACAAAUGUGA